UUCAAUUCGGAUUUUAUAGAAAGCAGCCAAAAUUGUGGAAAAACAGGAAAAAACUCCCAAGCGGAAGAAGAAGGCCGCAGCCAGUAAAAUGACUGCGGUCUUCUCGCCGCAACCACCGCCCCAGGCGGCUGGUCAACCACCUCCGGGAAGUAUGAUGCAGCCACCACAAUCAACGACACCGAACUCAAUGCAACCACCGCAACAGCAAUCUGUUGUUGGUCCGGGUCCGGGUGUUGGCAUGAUGGGGCCGGGCGGAGGUGGACCCGGUAUGCCACCUGGCAUGGGCAUGAGUGGACCGGGCGGUGGACAAAUGCAACGGGGACCACCGAUGGGCGUGAUGGGUGGUCCAUCGGGAGGCCCAGAAGGUAUGAUGGGUGUUCCAUCGGCCGGACAACAUGGUGGUGGUGUUCCACCUCCAAGUCCCACACAUAUACAGAAAAUACUCGAUGAAAAUUGUAAAAUUAUCCAGACAAUACAAAGCUUCCAGAAUAUGGGUAAAUCGUAUGAGUGUACAUCGUAUCACAUUGCGCUACACAGGAAUCUCGUUUAUCUUGCCCAAUUGGCGGAUCCAACAAUGAAUAUAAAUCAGAUCUUGCCACCACCACACAUUUUGCAGCCUCAGGCCCAGCAACAGGGGCCACAUGGUAUGAUGGGAUCGGGAGGACCACCACCUCCACAGCAACAAUCUGUGCUGCAAGGAGGACCACCACCGCCGCCUGGUAGCCAGUCACAAAUGGGUGGUCCUGGUGCGCCCGGUGGCAUGGUGACGAUGCAACAACAACAUGAUAACAGUGGUCAGCAGCCACCGUCGGGUAUGCCUUCAUAUGGAGGUCAAGUGCCGCAGCAACAUCCCGGAAUGACUCCGAACGGUAGCCAGUCCCAACCACCCAAUGGUCCACCACCUGGCCAAGGUCCUGGUGGCCAGCAAGGCGGUCCGCCACCACAAUCCCAGCAACAGGGACCGUAUAGAGGACCAGGUCCCCAGGGACCGCCAUCUCAACCGCCUGGCCAAGGACAACAGCAGCAAUCAGGUCCACAACAACAACAGGCAGCUAAUGCUAACAAUCAAGGCAGCCAACAACGUCCAAAUUCGGGAACUCCCACACCGGGCGCUCCACCACCUGGUCAAGGUGCAUCACAACCACCUCAGGGCCCUCCAAAUCAACAAGCUCCACAACAGCCGCCACAAGGCCCUCCACCACAGCAAAGCCAAUAUCGGGGAGCCUAUCCACCACAACAGCAUACCCAUUAUCCCGGUUAUCCACCACAGCAACAACCACAAUAUCCUCCACAGGGUGGAUAUCCAUAUGGACCGCCGACACAUGGCUAUGGACCGCCACCGCCAAAUGCACAAACUGGUUAUCAGGGACACGCCGGUAUGCCGCCAACAUCAGGAAAUAAUGGUCCACCCGGCCAACAUCCAUAUGGCGCGAACACAGGUCAACAAGGACCACCGGGAGCCUAUCCUCCACCACCCAAUCAACAAAUGAAUUCAGGGCAACAACCUCCCCCCGGGCAAAUGUAUGGCCCGCCGGGUGGUAAUCAAGGUCCACCUCCAAAUCAAUAUGGACCGCCACAAAGCUCAGGGGGUCCACCACCUCCAAUGGGUUACGGUGGAUAUGGAGCACCACCACCAAACAGUUAUGGCCAAGCAACUAAUGCCCCACCAGGUGGCUAUGGACCGCCACCAACAAGCCAAGCUCAAUCACCCUAUCAACCAUAUCAGCAGGCUGGGCCCGGUCCACAAGGCUAUCCAGGUCAAGGCCCACCUCCGCCACAGACACAAGGCAAUCAGCCUUCAAAUGCAACACAAGGUGGGCCGCCUAAUCCAAAUGCUCCACCUCCUGGUAGUGGUUAUAGUUCGUCACCCAGUCCUGGCCAAACACCACCACCCAAUCAGCAGCAGCCACCUGUAAGCGGUGCAAACGGUCCGCAAAAUCCAGCAACAAGUGUGCAAUCAACGCCGCCACCCACUCAGCCGCCAACGAGUAGUUCCAGUGCAGUUAGCACGGCUGGCCCGACACCAACAUCCCAACAGGCGGGGCAACAACAACAGCAACAGUCGUCAGCACCACCCGGGCCGCCGGGACCACCUGGAACAGCUUCACAACAGCAACAACAGACACCACAAAAUUAUCCUCCGGCUUCCAACAGUGGACCACCAACGACUGGACCCCAGGCGACAUACUCUUCACCACCGUCCAGUGUGGCUGGUAACAAUUCACCAUAUGCUCAGCCACCGCCGCAGCAAAAUCCACCCGGUAGCGGACCACCUAAUACCACAGCUCCUCCAUCGAAUGGGGCACCACCACCAAUGGCUCCGAAUCAGUAUCAACCACCACCCGGUGCACAGCCACCCUAUGGGGCACCACCGCCACCACAAGGUUAUGGUCCACCACCACCCGGUGGAUAUGCCCAGCAUGGUUAUCAUCAGCCGCAGGGCGGCUAUGGUGCUAUGCCACCUCAGGGACAGUAUCCGCCGCCAUCACCGCAAGGUUAUCAGGGAUAUCGUCCAGCUGGACAACAAAUGCCACCACCAGGUGCUCCGCCACAAGGACCACCGCCAGGUGCCUAUUCGUAUUACAGUAACCAACCGCCGCAAUAA